AUGCGGCGCGCAAUCCUCCUGGCCAGUCUCUUCUCAACGCUCACCCUCUCCGCCGCCAUCUCCCCCUUCGACCACUUAUUCCGCGAUACGAUUGCCCUACACACCCAAGCCGAGGAGGGGCAAGGACAAGGACAAGACCAAGGCUCGUCACGACACCUUCAAGUGCCGAUGAAUCCAGGUCCACUCCAACCGGACGGCCCUCCGUCCACAGGCGACAGCGGCAGCGGUGGUGGUGGUGGUAGUGGUAGUAACCCGAGCGACUCGACGCUCUCCAUUUCCGACAUACUUCCUCAGACGCGCAAAAUCAACAUCUUCGCCUCUCUCACCCGCGACAUCUCCUCGGUGACGGGACGCCUGGAGUCGACGAAACCCACGGACAACACGACCCUCCUCGCGCCGCUCAACAGCGCAAUGCAGGCCCUCCCGCGGAAGCCGUGGGAAGACAGACCGGGCGACGACUCCGUGGUCAGCGCCGCCAGGAACGAGGACAAGGCCGCGCGGAAUCUGGCGCGCUUCGUCGAGGAGCAUGUCGUGCCGACGAGUCCGUGGGAGGAGGGCGAGGGGCACAAGAUCAAGACCCUCGGCGGGCAAGAACUGUGGUGGGAGCACCAAGACGGGAAAAAGGUCAUCAUGCCGGGACGUCUCGAGGUGGAUGGUGUCGUCGGACGCGUGGGCAAUGGCGAGAUAUGGGCCGUCAAGGGCGUUGUCAAUUAUGCCUAG